UUACUUUAUCACUUUACGUAACAGAAGAUAAACACGAAACUCGUUAGUGUGUGCAAUAAGUUAAGAUUAUCUAAACUUGAAUGUCUACACACGAGACUGAAGAAGCGUCUACGUCAUCGCGUGUGACGUCAUCGGCGUCUACGUCUCGGUUUGAUAAAGGGUGGGGGGAUAGUUGGGAGGAAGAUGAAGAGGGGAGAGGUCAUCCGGACGGUGGAAGAUCAAGUGUUUGUAGCGAGAAGAUAAGAACCACCUCUACCUCCACCAAGCGGACGAGCAACGAGGACUUUGGGACUUUCCCGAGACGGGGACAACCCGUGUCACGUGACAUACGGGAUGAUUUUUUCCGCGACGAUUUCGACGAGAGAAUGGAACAAAUGGUUCGCGAGUUCGACGCUCGAUGCGCGCGGUCGAUUCUAGAUGAUGACGUCAGACCGUUCGGGACUUUCCCGAGAAUGGGAACGGAAGACUCUUUUUUCUCUCGCCCUCGGUUGCUAGGCAACAACAGCUUGUUCAAGAAAUCGCGUUUUCGGUCGAUUUUCGACGGCGAUGACGACGACGAUUGGUCGGUUCGAAGGCGCGGUCGCGGUUUGGACGAAGAUAGCGGCGUGUUUAGUGACGCAACAGUAAAGCCACGUGACUACGAUGACGUGAUGCACCUAGAUAAAGCGUUGCACCAAGAUAGGAAAUAUACACCGGAGAAAUUCCAAGUGGAUGUUGAUGUAAAAGGGUUUAGUGCAAAUGAACUUCUCGUUAAAACUGAAGGAAAUCGUUUGGUCAUCACUGCCAAGUCAAAAGAAAUUGAUGACGUCACACCAAGCAAAAUCUCAAGCAGGGAACUGAAGCGAGAGUUUGACCUUCCUGAGGGCGUUGACCCCUAUGACGUAGUAUCGAACCUGAUGCCCGAUGGUUUCUUGAGGGUGGAAGCCCCGGUGAAGGAAGGUGGAGGUUCGGUCGGUAGGAGGCGCUCCAGCGCGACGGAGACGACGGUCAGAAGAUUUUCUUCGGGGUCCGAAACUCAAGCACAUAAAGACACCUAAAUGUUUUUAAUUUUCUUUUUAAAUUAAAAAAAAUGGCAACCGUGUAGAUGGAGAAUGGUUUAAGGGUGGGAUUAUGACGUAAUAAU